CGAGCAUGAUCGCUGUCAGAUCCAGCCUGUGCAGAAGGAGCUUGCGCUUGUGCGUGGCUUCCAGCAGCUGGUGCCUCUAAUACCAGGCUUAUUAUGAACUGUACCCUAUGGUCUCUUGGCGGAUCGCAUCGGCCGGAGACGAGUGCUGAUUUUCAGUGGCACCGGCAUUUUUGCUUCACUUGCUUGGGUCAUGGCUAUAUGCUACUGGCAAUUCGCUCCAAUCCGCUGGGUUCUGUUCUCAGGUUUCUUCGGCCCUGUUAUCAGCGCCCCAUUGAUGGAGAAAGGACAUUUUUGGACCCUGUUGGUACUGGCUGAGAUCGUCAUCUUUUCUGCCACUUUCAUUCUGCCAUUGUUCAUCCCAGAAACACUGCACUUCCGAAACAGGGACUGGCUCGGUCGAGGAUCGCCCUUCGGAGAGGGACAGGGGGGGCGGGUGCAGGAGUGCUGGGGGGUAGUAGCCCCAUGGCAGCCAGGUGGGCUCUUUCGGAGGCGUUCAUGGUGGUAUUAUCAAUAGACUAUCGAUAAAGAGAUAACUAUAAUUAUCAAAUAAUUAAUUCGAUAAUGAAAAC